GCUAACAUGCACACUAAUAUCUCUCUUUCUCUCACUAAAAAUAACAUUAUAGAGAGAGAAACUCAUAAUCUUGGGGAGACGAUGCAGAUUUAAACGCACCAGUGCCUAGGCUCUACAGAGAGAAACUAAAAGCAAAGGGUAGGGAGAGACGAAAGCGUUUUCUCAUCUAUCCAAACACCGGAGUACUACUAUUUCGCUUUCUCUUUCUAAAACUCGUCUCUCUCUAUGUAUAGUUUCUUUCAGAAAGUUCAGUUCUAGUUAUUGAUGUGAAAUAGCGCGUCAGAUCUGACAUGGCGGAGGUUUCCAGCGACGGAGAUGGUGUGUCUCCGGCUAGUUUGGGGCUGGAGUUGAGUAUCGGGGAGAGCUGGGGCAAUGUACGGCCGUCGGCAGCGAAUGAAGCGUGGGCUGCCAUCGGGACGCCGCCACUGACGGUGUCGGGAUCGUUCAAGGAGGGCAGGAGUUUGCGGCGGCGAGGUUCGGUCCGGCCGAGUUUGGACGCGGACGAGUUCUUAAAUUUGUUGCACGGUUCGGAUCCGGUGAAGGUGGAGCUCAAUCGGUUGGAGAAUGAAGUCAGAGACAAGGAUCGAGAAUUAGGGGAAGCGCAAGCGGAGAUCAAGGCACUGAAGUUGUCAGAACGACUCAGAGAAAAGGCCGUCGAAGAGCUCACUGAAGAAUUGGCAAAGGUGGAUGAGAAGCUCAAGUUAACAGAAUCUCUUCUAGAAAGCAAAAACCUUGAGAUAAAAAAAAUCAAUGAUGAAAAGAGAGCCUCUAUGACAGCUCAGUUUGCGGCAGAAGCCACUCUUCGAAGGGUUCAUGCUGCCCAAAAGGAUGAUGACAUUCCUCCAAUUGAAGCCAUCCUUGCACCGCUUGAGGCUGAGCUAAAACUUGCUCGACAGGAGAUUGCAAAGCUACAGGAUGACAACAAAGCAUUAGAUCGCCUCACAAAAUCAAAAGAAGCUGCUUUACUUGAAGCUGAGAGGACUGUUCAGGUUGCAUUGGCUAAGGCUUCUAUGGUGGAUGAUCUGCAGAAUAAGAACCAAGAGCUGAUGAAACAGAUUGAAAUUUGCCAGGAAGAAAAUAAAAUUUUGGAUAAAAUGCACCGCCAAAAGGUUGCUGAGGUAGAGAAACUUACCCAAACUGUACGCGAGCUUGAAGAGGCCGUUCUUGCUGGUGGUGCAGCUGCAAAUGCUGUGAGGGAUUACCAACGCAAAGUUCAAGAGAUGAAUGAGGAAAGAAAAACUCUUGACAGGGAGCUAGCCCGUGCAAAAGUGACAGCAAACAGGGUGGCAGUAGUGGUAGCUAAUGAAUGGAAGGAUGCGAAUGACAAAGUGAUGCCCGUAAAACAAUGGCUUGAUGAAAGAAGGUUCUUACAGGGAGAUAUGCAGCAACUCCGAGAUAAGCUUGCCAUAGCUGAGCGAACGGCAAAAUAUGAAGCUCAGUUGAAGGAAAAAUACCAAUUGAGGCUUAGAGUACUAGAAGAGACUUUGAGACCCUCAAAUAACACUAGUCGUGGCAUAUCAGAGGGAAAAAGCGUAAACAACGGCCUUUCACGUAGACAAUCCCUUGGCGGAGCUGAUAACAUUUCAAAAUUGACCUCCAAUGGUUUUUUACCAAAGAGAUCACCAUCCUUUCAGUUGAGAUCUACUCAGUCUUCUGGAAGCAGUUCAGUGUUGAGGCAUGCAAAAGGGACAUCGAAGUCAUUCGAUGGUGGCACACGUUCAUUAGACAGGGGUAAAGUUCUCUUAAACGGAAUGAGUCCAAAUUUUAACCUCAGCCAGUCUUGUGGAGGAACAAAGGACAGUGAGGGACACACUCCCUGGAAAGAAAGUCCAGACGAAAAACCCAAUGACUUCCCGGCAGUGGAUACAGAGGACACUGUCGCAGGGUUAUUGUAUGAUUUGCUACAGAAAGAGGUGAUUGCUCUGAGAAAAGCUGGUCAUGAAAAAGAUCAAAGCCUUAAAGACAAGGACGAUGCUAUUGAGAUGUUAGCAAAGAAGGUAGAUACUUUGACUAAGGCAAUGGAGGUUGAGGCCAAAAAGAUGAGAAGGGAAGUAGCUGCCAUGGAGAAGGAGGUAGCUGCCAUUCGUGUGGAGAAAGAACAUGAAAACAGGACCAAAAGAUUUGGGAAUUCUAAGGGUCCUGUAAGCAGUUCUCAGUUGCUUCCAGGAAGGAGUGUAGCACGAAGUGGAUUGACACGCAACACCCAAUAACAUGCAAAAUACCCCAAUUCCAGCAGUUAGCAGUAAUUCUGCAUAAACCCCUUGUCUCUGGUCUUUUUCUUCCUUUUUCCUAUUUUUCCCCCUUCUGUGGUUGGUUAAAUAUUAUAACUAGCAUACCAAUGAUCCCGUAUUCUCACCGAGUUUGGCAAAGAAACUAAGAAAUCAAGAAGAGACAAAACCUAGUGGAAGAAAUGGUAUGCUUCUGACUUAACUGUUGGCCCUCUGCUAAAAAACAGCAAGAAAGAAAUGGAUGAUAUUCCAAGUUAAGCUGACCUUUUGGUAGGAUUUAUUUGAGGUGGCCGUGGUUGUGGUUGUAUAGGUAACUUGUUGGCAUUCCUUAUGCCUCCCUACUUUUUGUUCCUUGUGUUUUGCAGUUAAAUUUGUAAUCUGCAGCUAGUGUGAUUGGUAUUAGUUCAGGUUUGUCAAUAUUCUUGUAAUCAGAUGAAGCUCAGAAUUUCCAUGUUUGUUUUAGUAUGGAUGGUGUCCUUUAUUUACCGUUGAUUAUGAUAAUUUACGCAUUAAUGCUAGCUGAGUAGGAGUUAGCAUUUGGAAA